AUGAACGAUCCGCUGGAAUGGUAUCAUGAGAUACCGGUCAUCAGUCGCCUGUACCUGACCGGAGCCUUUCUCACAACGGUGGCAUGCGCGCUGGAGCUGAUCUCGCCGUUCUCCCUCUAUUUCAACUUCAACUUGAUCUUUUACCGCGGCCAAGUGUGGCGACUUGUCACCAACUUCCUCUUCUUUGGGCUCUUCAGCCUCGACUAUAUCUUUCACAUGUACUUCCUCGUGCGAUACUCGCGAAUGCUCGAAGAAGGGUCCUUCCGUGGUCGCACCGCUGAUUUCCUCUACAUGCUUCUCCUCGGCGCCGUGUCCAUGAUUCUUGUUGCGCCAUUCGUGAGUGUGCAUUUCCUCGGCUCAUCCUUGACGUUCAUGAUGGUGUACGUGUGGGGGCGACGUAACGAGCACACGCGGUUAAGCUUCCUGGGACUGUUUCCUUUCACCGCGCCGUAUUUGCCGUGGGUACUGCUUCUCUUCUCCAUGGUCCUCGGCAACAGCGCCACGAUUGACUUGAUCGGGAUUGUCGUCGGGCACGUGUACUACUUCUUUGAAGAUGUGUACCCUGCGAUUGCGGACAUUCGCGGCUGGCGCGUGCGGCGCAUCCUGGAAACGCCAACUUUUGUCAAGUUUCUAUGCAACCCCCAUGCGUACACUGCCGCUGCAGCUCCCAUCGUCAACGACAUCCCAGUUGCCGACCAUCCUGCUGAAUUCCAUCCCCAUGCAGAUUAA